AUUGUUGCCGAAUCUCCUUCCUCACCAAAGCCAUGGCCAUCGGAUCCUUGCAUUUUGGAUCUAACAAAUCAUGAAUUGUCGAUCUUCAUCAUCUUCUCUCCUUCAUUGUUGCUGAACCCAUUCCUCACCAAAGCCCAUGGCCGUCGGACCACUUGCAUGCCGGAUCUAACAAACCAUCGCAGCCCUUUUUUUUUCUUGAUCAUUGCUUUGUUGUUUUUUUUUUCUUUUUUUUUUUUUCUGUUCUUUCUUUGUGUUGAUGGUGAUUUCUGGUUGCAGACAUUGAUAGAAAAGACCAAUCCAAACCCAAGUGAAAUUGAAGACAAUGUUGUGGGUACAGUGUUAGGUAUCUUAAUUUAAUUGAUAUAUUUAUAGCUUAACAUUUCGAGAGAAAUCAUCCUACAAUUUUUCUUGGAUUUGGCAUUUUAGAUCUACAUUUCAUACUUCUUUUCAUUUUGUAUUGGAAAAAUGAAAAUGGCUCUUAGCGUGUCCUUCAAAUUUAGAAAAGAUGGGAAGGAGUUAGGUCCUCUUUCUGCAUUGAACAUAACAGGCACAUAUCAAGUUGGUGUGGAUCCUGCCAUCAUGGGUGUUGGCCUAGCUAUUGCAAUUCCAACUGCAAUUAAAGCUGUUGGGCUUGAACUUGAUGAUAUUGAUGUUUUUGAGAUAAAUGAGGCAUUUGCAUCUCAGUUUGUGUAUUGCCACAAGAAGUUGGAUCUUGAUCCAGAAAAAAUCAAUGUCAAUAGAGGUGCAAUGGCAAUUGGGCAUCCUUUGGGUGCAAUAGAAAAUGUGACAAGGGAUGGUCAAAUCCUAGAUUGAGGCUAGAGUCCCAAUUGGGUAGGUUGUUCUAGAAUUGCCUGUUGGAAUGUUGGAUGAUGACCAAGGUGAUUUUGUUGGCAUGGUAGUUUGUGAGGUUUCUUUCUCUCUAUCUAAUGCUUUUAGAGAAACACACUAAAUAGAUUCAUACUUCAAUGCAUAGAUAAACACUUCUUAAUUUGCACCAUUAGCUAUAUUUUUAUAUUAUUGGCAUAAAAAAAAAAAAACUGAGUUCAAAAAGUUUUCUUGAUAUAUUUAUAAGGAAUCAUUAAAUAAGGAGACAGAAU